UAUCUCGAAUCGCCACAUGGAGGCCCUCGUGUCGAUAUUGUUAGUAUUCCCCGAGAUGUCGUCGAGACUGAGACGCUCAAACUGGAUACGGUAAUCGAAAAGUACCCAAAGUUGCUCACGGAACUCUUCGAACGUGGCCCAUCGGAUGCGUUUUUCCUUGCCAAAUGCUGGGCAAAUGUCUCGUUUGACUCCUCCGAUACUGAGAACAGCCUGUACGCGGUCGAUUCGUACUAUCAUUCUCAGCAAAAGUUCGACAUCAGCGUUUCAACGAAGGUCUGCUCAUUUGGUAAUGAGGUCGUCGAAGUAUAUUCCCCUGAUGAGGAGAACGGCCAUUACUCAUUCCGACUGGAACGUUCACCAAUCUGCGAGUACAUGGUGAAAUUCAUUUCGGAAUUGAAAAAACUCGAAUCACGUGAUUACAUGAACAACGUGCUCGAGAACUUCACUGUCCUUCAGGUUGUCACCAAUCAAGCCACUGGCGAAACACUUAUGGUAAUCGGUUUCGUGUUCGAAGUGAACGAUCUUCCCGAAGCGAAUUGCUCGAUUUUCCGAUUGGUCGCCUGA